ACCAAGAUUCGAUUGUCCAGUGAUUUCUCUGCCCUCUGGCUCUGUCAGCCCUUGGAGAUGCGCAGACUACUUAUCAAAGCCUUGUAUUUCUUCAUCACAUGUACUUUUCAAAAUAUUUAAAGAAAAAAGACACGAAGAAAGUGCUGCUUAGUGUCUAUAGUUUCUCACAAAACGCAGCUUUUACCAAUUUUAUGUUAUCGUGUUUACCGAAUUGCAAGAACUCUGCGAUGUCUUACGUAGACAGUUCUGACGAGACGUUCGACUACCUCUUCAAAAUAGUCCUUAUCGGUGACGCAGGAGUAGGAAAAACAUGUGUAGUCCAACGAUUCAAGUCUGGAACAUUUUUAGAGAAACAGCAUAGCACGAUUGGAGUUGAUUUUACAAUGAAAACCCUAAAUAUUGAUGGCAAGAAAGUGAAGCUUCAAGUGUGGGAUACUGCUGGACAGGAACGAUUCCGUACAAUAACACAGAGCUACUACCGAAGUGCAAAUGGGGUCAUCAUCGCCUAUGACAUCACAAAGAAAGAGACAUUCUGCAAUGUACCUCGGUGGAUAGAAGAUGUCCAGAAAUAUGCUGGAGGCAGUGUUAUCUGUAUAUUGUUAGGCAAUAAGAAAGACUUGGAGCAUAUUAGAGAAGUAGACUAUGAAGAUGCCAAGGCUUUGGCCACCCAUCAUGCUAUGCUGGAAUGUAUAGAAGUCUCUGCUAAGGACUCCACCAACAUUGAUGAAACCUUUGGGAAACUGGGCCAGGAACUCAAACGUCGUCAUGGCGGAGAAUCCUCCCUAGCAACAGGGGAAACCAGUAAGCUUUCUCUCAACACAAGACGAGUAGAUGGAUGGAAUUGUUGUGGAUAGCAGCAUUGUACCUCUCUCCUUUUUAGAUUAGAAAGAACACACUCCGUUGCCUAGUCCAAGGCACUUUCUAAAUUUUUGUACAUUAAUUAAAAAGAAAUAUAUAUAUCUAAUGAUUAUUUUAUUGAAUUUUUUGUCCAUGUUACUUUGACCUGUGUAUGGUUCAUGCUAACCCUAUACCCUAGAUGAGGUUAGUAGAAAUGUGUGAACUGUAACAUUUUUCACAAAUUGAUGCAGUCUUUGUUGAAUGUCAACUGUUUUUCCUAUGAAAUUGCUUUGCACUUCUUAACAAAAAGUGUACCAUUUAGAAUUAUGUUGUAAUAGUGCUUCCAAAUCAUGAUCAGACUCUCUUCAAACAGUAAUAUCAGGUCAACAUAAAGUGAGUAUGUGUGUGAGAGAGAGCAUGAAAGAGAUUCAGUGAUUGCUUGCACACUCAAAAUAGUUUAGGUGAUUCAUUCUUAUCUACAUGUAAAAUCAAUUUCUUUAAAAUUGUAGACCAUUCAAAUUCUCAGAAAAUUGAAAAGUUGAUUUUAGCUGUGAGUUAGUCACUACCUUUGACCUUACUUCCAAAGAGUUGUGAUGGAUUUAAAUCAAAAUCCAACUGAGAUUAGUCUCAAAAUUGACUUUGAUUUGCAUCUAUCCCAACCCUUUGUAAGCUCGGGCCCUGGUAAAAAUUAUUCAAAUUUUUGGCAAAGAAUUGAAAUUCAUCAAAAUUACCCCCAACUACUGAUACCAGUUUCCAGAGUUGAAAACUAGAUCUUGCAAGUAUCUUGAGGUCAAAAUUACUCAAGUUUCAAUUUAGCAUUUGUACUCUCAAAGGGUAACCGAUUGUUGAUUUUUAUUCUUGAGAUAAGAGUUAUUGGAAAACUAAUUUUGAAA